CGCUGUGGUUGGGACUACGGAAGAGUUACUUGACGCAGCCGCAAUAAAAGCGCGGUGUAUGUGGCGAGGGGGGGUAUUCCCAAAUUUGUCUGCACGUUGUUAAUCCUGAGACACGUCCAUUCAACAGUUAUCAUGGUUCACCAAGUGGAAGAUCUGGAUGAGUUCAAGAAGAUCCUGAAGGAAUCAGGAGACAAGCUGGUGGUGGUGGACUUCACAGCCACAUGGUGUGGCCCCUGCAAACAGAUUGGCCCAUUUUUUGAGGAGCUGUCACGUCAUUCUGAAAACAAGAACGUGAUUUUCCUGAAGGUGGACGUGGAUGAGGCUCAGGAUGUGAGUGAGCACUGCAAGAUCAGCUGCAUGCCCACAUUCCACUUCUACAGGAACGGAGAGAAGGUGGGCGAGUUCUCUGGUGCUAACAAGGACACGCUGAGGGAGAAACUAGGAGCUUUAAGAACAUAAAAACCACAGUAGACUGGAACCAUUUGUACAUGCUGUACUAAGAAAUUCCACUUUGUCGUCAUGUACAGUAACCAUUAGGUCUUUUAUUCCACACUGGCGAUAUUAAUUAAUUCCACUCAUGUAUCCGUGACCUCCUGUAGUUCUGUCAGUCCGGCGUAUGUGUUGACGUGUCUUAACAACAGACUGAAAUUUGGUCAAAAUCCAAUGACUACAAUUGUUUAAUUCUGUUUUUAUGAGAAAUUGGUCUUGGCUCCUGAACUCUUUGUUACAUUAUGUGUCCAACAUUGUGGAUUUAACAAAUAAAGAUGAAGACACUU